AUGACUUAUCUUGUCUCUUUAUUUUUAUUUGGGUUAGUGGUUGGAUUGGUUGCCGUGGCUUCAAACCCCGCGCCUUACUUUGCGGCGCUUGGACUAGUGGUUGCGGCUGGAGUGGGGUGUGGGGUGCUUAUCGGGCAUGGGGGUCUGUUCCUAUCGCUGGUCUUGUUCUUAAUUUAUUUGGGGGGAAUGUUGGUCGUAUUCGCCUAUUCGGCGGCGUUGGCUGCUGAGCCGUUCCCUGAGUCUUGGGUAGACCGUUCUGUAAUUUGAUACGUUCUUGUUUAUUUGAUUGGGGUUGUAGCGGUGGCGGGCUUAUUUUGAGGGGGGUGGUAUGAAAGUUCUUGAGUGGUGGUUGACGGGUUGAAAGGGUUCUUUGUUUUGCGAGGGGACGUUAGUGGGGUUGCCCUGAUGUAUUCUUUUGGGGGUGGGAUGUUAGUGGUGUGUGCUUGGGUCCUGCUUCUAACCCUAUUCGUAGUGCUGGAAUUAACCCGUGGGCUAAGUCGGGGAGCCCUUCGAGCAGUUUAG